AUGGAUAAGAACAUUUCCUUAAAAGUUAAGAAUUUCUAAACUGUGAAUUGGUUGAAAAAUAGAUUCAAAAAUAAAGUGAAAGAUAAAUAUAUUUUAAAUGAAAAAGAGCUCAAAGAAUAAAUUAUGAUGAAAGCUGUUUUUAAAUCAAUUGAUAGAGAUAAUUCAAGUUUUUAUUAAUAACCUAAAUUCCAUUUUAGAAUUUCUAGAUAGACAAGAACUCUAUGACAUGUUUAAACGCUAUGGAAUUAAUAUAACAAAAAUCAAAUUACGUGAAUUUUUCAAAAGAAUCGAUUAAGAUGAAGAUGGUAAUCUAAACAUUUUAUUUCCCAGACAAACUUAAUUGGAAUGAUUUUCGAUAAGCCUUAUAAAACUAAGAAGCUUUGUAGAGUAAUUUCUAAAAUUUAUGAAGUGUUCGUUGAGCUCAUGCGUAAAAUUAGAGAAACUACAGAAAAGAAUAAUAAAUCUAAUGAGUUCAAUUUUGUACCCUUAAGUUUUCCAAACAUGAUUUAAUAUAUGAAUUAUUGUGUCUUAAGAGAAGAACUCAUUCAAAAAAUUAAAUCAGAAUAAUUAUCAACCUAACAAAAAGUCAAGUAAUGUAAAAAUCUUUUGUCUUUGGAAGAUAUUUGCUAUAAGAAAAUUAUUGAACUUAAAGAUUAAGAAAAAGAAGAGUAAUCUGAUGAUCCAUUUAAUAAAUUGAUGCCAAAAAAUAAUAAUCCAUAAUAAAUUGCAAUUAUUAAAAGAUUGCAAGAAAAAGAACAAAUUUUGGAACGUUAAGUAAAAUUGUAAUCCUAUUUCCCCAUAGAAUAGGAUUAGAAAAUUAAGUUCUUCUUAAUAUUAUAAGUAAGAUACUGAAUAAACUAACCGAUCUAUUAGAAAGAGUCAUCAGUCUUCAAAAUAAGAAACAGGCAGAAUAUCUUAAUCUGAAUUUAAAUUAAUAAAUUAAUUUACAAAUGAGAAUUAAACCUAACUACCAUAAAUAAUUAACGAAAAUAAAACAAAAAUCAGCAUAGAAUAAGCACUAUAAAUAACAGAAAGAUUAAACCUAGAUGAAAGCUAUAAUCCUU